AUGCGCCAAACACGACCCUUCCUGCCCAUUUUACGCGCGUUCAACCUUCCGCGCAACCUUUCCUACGUGUCACAAGUUAGCCUUCUCGCCGUGUUCUUCACCGUAAGCAGCGUGCGCCUGUCGUGGAGCCUAUUCCCGCACAACUUCGCGAAGCCGGUCGCACUGUGGCGCGACGCGACGGACGGCGCUCGGCGCACCGUGCCUGGGCUGGAGGGCAUCGAGGCGGACGUGGCGAGGGGCGUCAACCACAGCGGCGUUGCGGACCUUCCUACGCACAAAGCGGCGGCGGUGGCCGCGGAAAACGCGAGCCUAUCAUGGCAAUCCGUGGCGGUGGGAUCGGCGCCGCAUGAAAGUCGAGCGGAAGUGGGAGGGGACGCGGUGCACGAAGGAGGAGCACGCUUUGCGCGUCGUGUCGAUGUGCGUGGAAACGAGGAGAUGUCGCAUGGAGGCGAGGAGGAAUCGCAGAGAGACAAGGAGGCGUCGGAGGGAGGCAAGGAAGUGUCGCAUGAAGGCAAGAAGCUGUCGCAUGGGGAGAACAAGGGGUCGCAUGGGGUCAACAAGGGGUCGCAUGGGGUCAACAACGGGUCGCAUGGGGUCAACAAGGGGUCGCAUGGGGUCAACAAGGGGUCGCAUGGGGUCAACAAGGGGUCGCAUGGGGUCAACAAGGGUUCGCAUGAAGUCAACAAGGGGUCGCAUGGGGUCAACAAGGGGUCGCAUGGGGUCAACAAGGGGUCGCAUGGGGUGAACAAGGGGUCGCAUGGGGUGAAGGAGUUGUUGGACGGAGGCAAGGAGGGGUGGAAGGGAGGGGAACCGGUGUGGAGCAGCAGGCCCAGCGAGGGUACCUUGAGAAUAUACGAGGUGCGUCGUGUGAUGUAUGACGUGCGUGGUGUGAUGUAUGACGUGCGUGGUGUGAUGUAUGACGUGCGUGGUGUGAUGUAUGACGUGUGUUGUGUGAUGUAUGACGUGCGUGCAUGGGUGCAAGUGCAAGCAUGGGUGCAAGUGCAAGCAUGGGUGCAAGUGCAAGCAUGGGUGCAAGCAUGGGUGCAAGCAUGGGUGCAAGCAUGGGUGCAAGCAUGGGUGCAAGCAUGGGUGCAAGCAUGGGUGCAAGCAUGGGUGCAAGCAUGGGUGCAAGCAUGGGUGCAAGCAUGGUUGCAAGCAUGGUUGCAAGCAUGGGUGCAAGCAUGGGUGCAAGCAUGGGUGCAAGCAUGGGUGCAAGCAUGGGUGCAAGCAUGGGUGCAAGCAUGGGUGCAAGCAUGGGUGCAAGCAUGGGUGCAAGCAUGGGUGCAAGCAUGGGUGCAAGCAUGGGUGCAAGCAUGGGUGCAAGCAUGGGUGCAAGUGCAAGCAUGGGUGCAAGUGCAAGCAUGGGUGCAAGUGCAAGCAUGGGUGCAAGUGCAAGCAUGGGUGCAAGCAUGGGUGCAAGCAUGGGUGCAAGCAUGGGUGCAAGCAUGGGUGCAAGCAUGGGUGCAAGCAUGGGUGCAAGCAUGGGUGCAAGCAUGGGUGCAAGCAUGGGUGCAAGCAUGGGUGCAAGCAUGGGUGCAAGCAUGGGUGCAAGCAUGGGUGCAAGCAUGGGUGCAAGCAUGGGUGCAAGCAUGGGUGCAAGCAUGGGUGCAAGCAUGGGUGCAAGCAUGGGUGCAAGCAUGGGUGCAAGCAUGGGUGCAAGCAUGGGUGCAAGCAUGGGUGCAAGCAUGGGUGCAAGCAUGGGUGCAAGCAUGGGUGCAAGCAUGGGUGCAAGCAUGGGUGCAAGCAUGGGUGCAAGCAUGGGUGCAAGCAUGGGUGCAAGCAUGGGUGCAAGCAUGGGUGCAAGCAUGGGUGCAAGCAUGGGUGCAAGCAUGGGUGCAAGCAUGGGUGCAAGCAUGGGUGCAAGCAUGGGUGCAAGCAUGGGUGCAAGCAUGGGUGCAAGCAUGGGUGCAAGCAUGGGUGCAAGCAUGGGUGCAAGCAUGGGUGCAAGUGCAAGCAUGGGUGCAAGUGCAAGCAUGGGUGCAAGUGCAAGCAUGGGUGCAAGUGCAAGCAUGGGUGCAAGUGCAAGCAUGGGUGCAAGUGCAAGCAUGGGUGCAAGUGCAAGCAUGGGUGCAAGUGCAAGCAUGGGUGCAAGCAUGGGUGCAAGCAUGGGUGCAAGCAUGGGUGCAAGCAUGGGUGCAAGCAUGGGUGCAAGCAUGGGUGCAAGCAUGGGUGCAAGCAUGGGUGCAAGCAUGGGUGCAAGCAUGGGUGCAAGCAUGGGUGCAAGCAUGGAGUGUGGCACAUGGGUGCAUGGAGUGUGGCACAUGGGUGCAUGGAGUGUGGCACAUGGGUGCAUGGAGUGUGGCACAUGGGUGCAUGGAGUGUGGCACAUGGGUGCAUGGAGUGUGGCACAUGGGUGCAUGGAGUGUGGCACAUGGGUGCAUGGAGUGUGGCACAUGGGUGCAUGGAGUGUGGCACAUGCGUGCAUGGAGUGUGGCACAUGGGUGCAUGGAGUGUGGCACAUGCGUGCAUGGAGUGUGGCACAUGGGUGCAUGGAGUGUGGCACAUGGGUGCAUGGAGUGUGGCACAUGGGUGCAUGGAGUGUGGCACAUGCGUGCAUGGAGUGUGGCACAUGGGUGCAUGGAGUGUGGCACAUGGGUGCAUGGAGUGUGGCACAUGGGUGCAUGGAGUGUGGCACAUGGGUGCAUGGAGUGUGGCACAUGGGUGCAUGGAGUGUGGCACAUGGGUGCAUGGAGUGUGGCACAUGGGUGCAUGGAGUGUGGCACAUGGGUGCAUGGAGUGUGGCACAUGGGUGCAUGGAGUGUGGCACAUGCGUGCAUGGAGUGUGGCACAUGGGUGCAUGGAGUGUGGCACAUGGGUGCAUGCAAGGUGCCUCUGUGUGUGUCUGUGCCUUGCACUUCACUCCCUUGCAAACUUGCCCUCAUCUCCCCUGCAAUGCUGCCUUCUCUGCUCCCCCCUGCCUGCCCCCCCCACCCCUCUCUCGCCAGCGCACGGCGCAUGGGGCGCGUGGCACUGCUACUUCCACCGCCUUGCCUCGCCUGCCUGCCAGGCCGCUGCCCACGCGACACUCACACACGAGGGGGGGGCGGAGGGGUCAGAGGGCAGGGAGGGCGUGAAAGGGGGCGUAGGGGCGGGGUGCAGGCCGCUGGCGGAGGUGGGCAGGGCGGCGGAGUCAGAGGCACGUGCAGUGGUGGCGGGCGCAGGCGCUGCGCUUCAUGCUGCGGUGGCCCUCGUCGUACCUCUGCCAUGUGCUCAACCGCCACCGCCACCGCGCCUACGGCAUGCACGUGGCGCGCGGCAUGGCCACGCACCAGGCGGAGGGAGGGGGAGGCCAUCCUCUCCUCGCUGCUGCUGCCGCUCACCUCUGCUGCAGCACUGAGUCAGCAGCAGGAGGGGCGUGAGCUGGCGGCGCUCAACUUCUCAGGGGGGGCCCACUCGGUGGAGGCGCAGGUGUGGCCGGGGCUGGGGUUUGAGGGGUGCGUGGCGCGCGGGCGCGGCAACGUGAUGGCGUCGCGGGGCAACCCCCUGGCAGACUACUUUGGGGCCGGGCGCGAGGCGUAUGUGCUGCGCCCCAUCGUCGCCUUGCAUGCGGGAAGCACGGGGAACAUGGGGUGUGCGGGCAGAGGGCGGCGAUUAGAGAGUCCACAAGUGCAGCGGCCGACAGGGGAUGAGCAAGGGGAGAAUGAGGAGGAACAAGGGGAUGAGGAGGGAGGGAGGAGUGGGCGGGAGGAGGAGUUGGAGGAGCGGGUGAAGAGGGAGCAGCUGGCGGUGGUGGCGGGUGUGUUGCACGCGUACAGCCUGAGGCAGCACGACCCUGACCUCAAGCACGUGUGGCUCACCACUCCCUCGCAGGCCAUGCAGGCCCACCUGGCAGCUUAUGACGACUGGACCUUCCUCUACUCCCAGCACGACAACCAGGGCCAAUCAGAGGCUGCCAGCAUGGCAGGCGUGGUGGAGGCACAGCUGGCGAGUGUGCUGAUAGCGGCGGAGUCAGACUACUUUGUGGGUCACUGGCCUCGCACCAUGCCCGCCUCAUCCUCGCCCUCAGGGCCACCAACGGCCGCCUUGCUGCACCUGCUGCUCUGCUGA